GAUGCGCGCGCCCGGGGCCGCCGCCGAAUCCCCACCGAGGAGCGAAGCCCCGCGGCCGCCGCCUCGGCCGAGGAGCCCCGUGGCCGCCGCCGCCGCCUCGCCGUCCUCGCCGGGGCCCCUCGAGGACUUCUAACCCUGGAGGAGUCUCACCGCAUUGCUGGUAAUUGGCACCCUUCUCUGACUGACCAUGGCGACCCCCGAUGUGAGUGUUCACAUGGAGGAGGUGGUUGUCGUGACAACACCUGACAAUGCAGUUGAUGGCAGUGGCGUGGAAGAAGUGAAAACCGUGCUGGUGACUACAAAUCUAGCUCCUCACGGGGGAGACCUAACAGAAGACAACAUGGAAACUGAAAAUGCAGCGGCUGCAGCAGCUGCUGCCUUCACAGCUUCCUCUCAACUGAAAGAAGCAGUCUUAGUGAAGAUGGCUGAAGAAGAGGAGAACCUGGAGGCCGAGAUUGUUUAUCCCAUCACCUGUGGAGAUAGCAAAGCCAACCUGAUAUGGAGGAAGUUUGUGUGCCCUGGCAUCAACGUGAAGUGUGUCCAGUACGGUGAACACGUGCUAAGUCCGAAGGAGUUUGUCCACCUGGCUGGCAAGUCCACGCUGAAGGAUUGGAAGAGGGCGAUCCGCAUGAAUGGGAUCAUGCUCAGGAAAAUUAUGGACUCUGGGGAACUAGACUUCUACCAGCAUGACAAGGUCUGUUCCAACACCUGCCGCAGCACCAAAAUUGACCUGUCGGGAGCCAGAGUGUCUCUUAGCAGUCAGACAUCAACAGAGUACAUCCCUAUAACCCCUGCUUCUGCAGAUGUGAAUGGCUCUCCAGCGACAAUCACCAUAGAAACCUGUGAGGAUGCUGGGGAUUGGACCACCACCAUUGGAGAUGAUACGUUUUCCUUUUGGCGUGGACUUAAAGAUGCUGGCUUGCUGGAAGAAGUGAUUCAGGAGUUUCACCAAGAGUUGGUGGAGACCAUGAAAGGCUUACAGCACCGAGUUCAGGAUCCUCCCUUACAACUCCGAGACGCCAUCUUACUCAACAACAUAGUGCAAAACUUCGGGAUGUUGGACCUGGUGAAGAAAGUCCUGGCUAGCCACAAGUGCCAGAUGGACCGCUCCAGAGAACAGUACACCCGAGAUCUGGCAGCCCUGGAACAGCAGUGUGAUGAGCAUCGGAAACGAGCCAAGGAACUGAAGCACAAAUCGCAACACCUGAACAACGUUCUGAUGACUUUGACCCCUGUCUCCCUCCCAACACCCAUCAAACGUCCCCGACUCACCAGAGCCACGUCUGGCCCGGCCGCCAUAGCCUCCCAAGUACUGACUCAGACGGCACAGAUAGCCCUCACCCAAGGAGUGCCGGUCUCUCAGCUUGCCAACCUGCCACUCGGCAAAGUGGUGUCCACUCUUCCGUCCUCCAUCCUGGGGAAAGGGUCAACCCAGGUUUCUCCCGCCAACUCCCCGGCUUCGCCUUUGUUAGGCGGCUACACCGUACUGGCCUCUUCAGGCACCAAUUUCCCCGGCACGGUAGAGAUCCAUCCCGACGCUUCCAACCUCACAGUCCUCAGCACAGCGGCCAUGCAGGACGGCAGCACCGUGGUCAAAGUGGUGAGCCCCUUCCAACUGCUCACCCUGCCCGGCUUGGGCACCACCAUUCAGAACGUGACCCAGGUGUCUCCCAGCGGGAGCACCAUUGUGACCGUGCCAUCUAGCGCUGUCGAAAGUGCAGCGGUAUCAGAGGAGCACGCCACCACCAUCGAGGUGACCACUGUGGCAGAAGAGCCCGACCAGAAAUAAAGAGAAGGAAGGGCGAACUGGGAAGGAUCUCUGCGACAGCAGACUGUGGCUCUGAACGCCGCCUCGUGGCAGUUUGUGCCGAGGACCAGGGAAAGAGCGAAAGGGAGGGUACUCGGAAUUGAAACUUGGAAAUAGCUCGACCGAUGUGGGUAACAAAUGGGGCUGGUGAACCAAAGAGAGAGAAAAACACCAAAAAAGGGGAGAUGGGGGGUGGAGCGGGACCGGGGAGAGGAGAUGAAUGGCGUUAACACGGAAAACCUGUUUUUAAAUUCUAAGCUCUUCUCCCUCUCUUCCUGGAGCGUAUGCUUUUCCAUCCAUUGCUUGUCAACGCCGUAUCGUGUUUAGAUACCACAGAAAAAACAGAGGUGAUACGAGAAGCAAACCUAGAUAAAACAUCAGGGUGGAUAAGAAGCAGGAGGACAUAAAAGAUCAAGGAAGCAUUCAGGCGGGUGGAGCCCCAGAAGGGCCUGGGAAUCUGCCUUGGCGCUCUCAGGCCGAAAUUUUACCUGAAUUCUUGUGUUUGGGGCAAUGGAAGGCACAUUGCCGCCCGUCCUUUCCUUUGAAUAGUAGAGUGAGUCGGAAAGGAAAGAGGCCGAAGCUGAGAUUUGAGAGAAUAAAGAAGUGUGCAAGGGUAUCUGGGAGAGUUGAAUUUAAAGCAGCUCCACACCACAUAAGGCCCUUUCAUGUAUGCCAUUUACUAGUGCCUGGGGUAACUGGCACAGGCAACACAGUGCUUGUGGAAGUUGGCACUUGGAUGUGCCAGUAUUUUCCCCACUCAAAUUGAUGUCCUAGUUUGAAGUUGGAGAAAUUUUGAGGGGAAAAUGGGGAGAUGGUGAAGGUUGUCGGGACCAUGCCUAGAUGUGGAAAACCCAUAGAUCCUAUGGAUUUGGUGUCUUCCCACAUAUUUUUUUUUUCCCAUAAGUGUUAGUUUUUGAUGCUUUGUUUUCACAUCGUUAGGUUCUGGAGAAGAUUUCCAGAACGGCAGAGGGGAGCUUCAAGAUUCAGGUGAAAUCUAAAGACCCCGAACAAGCCACGCGGGGCACGUGGUGACCACAGUGGGGUGAUGUAGUCCUGGUUGGCUGGAGAGACCUUGCCAUGGCUAGGGGAUUCCAAGAUCAAAGCAAGGUGAUAACAAGGGACUAUGCUCAGACUUAGUCCCCUCUGGUCUUGAAAAUAAACCUCUUAGGUCAGACAGCUCUUCUUCUAUUAAAAGUUGAUCAGUAUCACCCAGGGAUGUGUGAAUUUAAUCCGGGGGGCCCAACCCCUUUAAAGUCCCAUCUGUUCAGAUGUUCCCUCAGCUAUGAAAACUCGAGUUCUCAUUCUGACUCUAACUGUACAGGUGGUUGGAGAAUUUGAAAAAAGAAUCACUCUGAUGGCUCAAUCCUCCAUUGUUCAGGGAAAGCUGAUGUAUUAUUAGCAAGUUCCUAGGGAGACACCCUAGGCUUUUCUGUGUUUUCUAAAAAAGAGGUAGGCUCUCUCUCAGCCUCAUGAAUAGAUUUGGGUAAAUCUCGGAAAUUCCAAGUAGAGGGGCAGUUUCACUUUUCUGCAGCCCACGGCCCGCACUGGGUGCAGAAACAAAGACCGGGAGAUUCCUGUGUUUAUGCAGAACUGGGUUCUAGAUCUGGAUCUAGAUCUAGGGGCCCAGCAAGGUCACCUGUCACCAGGGCAUUGAGGAGCAGCAAACGUGUUAUUACAGCAAUAAAAAAGCUUCCAGAAGGAUUGCUCUAAAAUGUAAAUAAAACCUGAUCUUGUCGCGGCAGACGCCUCACUUCUUUACACCUGGCGGCUAAGAGCGAAGUCCAACGUGCAGUUCUGGGCUAGUGUAAAGCAUACACACCUUUCAAAUUCAGAGUUUUCCCGGUGCUUCUGUCUUACCAGCUGCCUAUCCCACACACGCAGCUUUGUUAAUGUAGUUAAUCCUGUGCAGAGUCUCAUCACAGCCAUUUCCAGUCACCCUAAACUUCCCCUUCACUAUGACUUGGGCCUCAGCCAGUUCCGCCAUGGCAUCUCAGGUGGAAGUUACUCAUUGACUCUUCAAGUGCGCCCGGUCAGCACUCUGGAGGUAGCAGUAAUAGAUCCCGGGAACGUAUCCCAAUACUGUAAUCUAGGUGUGAAUGUUUAGUUUUGAUCAUCCUUGAGAGACAAGGUUGAGUCAUUGCUGAUUCCCCUGCACUGCUCCGACGGGCCUCUACCACACCAUAACACAGAACAGUUGGGAAGACGCUGCACUUUGACUCUAGUCCGAGUUUUUUAUUUGUAAAGUUGCAACUUUGAGAGAACAGCUCAGUGCUCUAAAAAUCAGCCUUAAUCAUAUCCUUCCGGGAGUCGGAUGAUUUGGAAUGCACAAAACAACCCAGGGCCGGUCCUGUCGAAAAGAUGGGCAGAAAAAUGCAGUUGGUUAAAAAGGAUUCCGAACUGCACACAGAGUUGGGGUUCGGGUGGUGAGUCACCUCACUAAAAGCCUGGAAGCUGGAACACAUUCUGUAUACAGAUUUCAGGGAAGACCCACAUUUAACCAAUUAAAUGCCCCAAGACCUGCCCAAGAGAGCAGUCCACUUGGGAUUUGCCUGUCAUGUCAGUAAAGUGAAAGAGGAUAUAUUUGCCAUCCUAAGCAUCAUGAGGAGGUGGUCUCAGAAGCAUCUGAUAUAGGGAGCAUAUCCUCGGCCUUAGUCUCGGUGGGGUCAGGGAUGCCAGAGUAGAGCAGAGCAGCAUGGUAAGAGCCCAGAAAUGGGAUUUGAUUUUCUGGGUGCUGUUUACUUCUGUGGCUUUAGCCUGCUGUAGAAUGGGGAAGCAAAAAUGGGAAAUGCUGUUUUCUCUAGGAAAGGAGCUAUGGAAUUGCAGAAUACUGGAGUUUCCAUAAAGGAAAGCAUUACAGCAUUACAGACUGGCACUAGAAAGGAAAAGUCAAAAUCAUUUUUCAGUGGGUGUGUUUGACCUUAAACUUCGUGUAAGUCUAGAGAUCCACACAACCCUUUUUUACUGGAUGGUAAUUCAGAGGAUUUUAGAAGGUGGGGAUGAAGUCCAAGGAAAUUUGGGAAAUAAAUUUGUUGUUAUUUAAAUGGGUAGAAAACAGAGACUGAAUAAACCAAGAUUUGGAAAUUUUUGGAACUAAGUGUUAGGGAUGUGUGUAUUUCCAAAAUUUUCGGGCCUCUUUUUGCUGUCCUACUUUCCCCGGCCUCUUCAGGAAAGACCAGAAGUGAGAUUUCCAUUCCCAGGAGCCACACAGUACAUACUCUAUCAGGGAGCCUAUUGAUGAGGAUGCCGAAAGGUAACUCCGUAGAGGAAGGUAACUUCCUUAGAGGAGGAAGAAAAGAAGAAGUAGUUGAAGGGGUUUUUUUCUUACCUAUCUCUUCUCUUGUGGUGAAUAGCGUGGGGGGAAGGGAUGGGGCAGGGGAGAGAAUGUGUGUGUGUGUGAGAGAGAGAAACUGGUGUGUGGGUGUGUGUGUGUGUGUAUGAAAGAGAGAAAAAGAAACUGAUCAUAGCCCAGUUGCUGCCCUGAUACCUACAAGAUAAUGCAGGCCAAAUCAAAUGCUCUGUUUACUCUUUCAGCUGAAAUCACCCAACAAAUUCAUUGUCCCCACUAGGUGAUGCUAUAAUGUAGGGCCCAAUUGCUCCAUCUUUUGAUUUUUGUUGGGUGAAGAGGCCUCCUCGGAAAACAGGACCUGUCUAACAGGCCCCCCUAACCCCCCUGCCCCGCCCCCGUUUCAGAAGAGCGUAUCUGAGAGAGCCACCCUAUGUUUCUGAUCGACUCUGAUCCCUGUUUGAUGUCCGAUUGAUGCCCGAAGCAGGACCCGUAGGUUUUUCCACGGUCCAAUUUGUGUGUGUUAGUUUCGAUUUACCCUAGUCCUGCUACCUCAGAAUUUGGUCGGUUUACUGAAACCUGCGUGGUGGUCUGGUUUCACUUUCGGACAUGGGGCUCACAGACUUGGUGCUGCUGCCGUGAGUCAGCUGUUCUCCCAGUUGUAUAUUGUUAUUUAUUUAGAGCCUUUUUUAAUUUUUUCUUAGUUCGGGUCAUGAGUCAUGUUAGAAGCAGCGGUCUCGAUUGAAUUCGGCAUAACGAGCAGAAAGCAAACAGGGUGUGGUGGUAUUGACUCAAAUGAUCGAAUGCAUGACGUAACACAAAACUCAAGUCCAAAGGCUAAAUGUUUUCAGUACCGUAGGCGAGAGAAGACACCUAACAGUUUCAUUUGGCUAGAAUGAUCUCUCUGUGCUGUCUACGUAGAGCCAGUCAAUCCAAAGAGUAAUUUGUCAACCCUCCAAUUCACUUGCGCUAGAUACACCCGACCGUUGAUUUAAGGGACCAACCACUCUAAAGUUUUUGCUCAGCCCCUGUAGUCCGGUGCUGUUUGUCCUCAGGAAUCUGUUUAUUCAUGGGAAAUCAAGCACAAUAACCGCCCUUACAUUUUAUUUCCUAAAGGGCAUUGUUGGAGUAAAAAUAACGAUGCUAAUAAAAAUGAUCCUUAUUUUUGGACUAACAGCCAUUUAGACGCAGGUGGAUUUGAAUUGUAAAAACCAACUGCCCUGCACCUUUUCAUCCUGCCUACUUACUUUUAACAUCGGUCUGCUAGAUGAAACUUGAAAGCCGGAUAUGCAUUAGGUGUUUCGGUUUCACUUCCUAUUCUUACCGACUAGUGCAGGCAAGUGUGUGUUUUCGGCAUAACUGGAAAAUGCUCGAAUUAAGAAGUAAUAAUUCGGUGACCCUGUUAUUGUCCCAUUAGGGGUUUCUUUUGGCAAUGAUCUUUGAACCCCAGAUGUGGCAGUGAUCCCUUGUCUAUGUUCUGGAAGUUUAAUAUGGAUCAUAAAAGUUGACCUGAAAAAGAGAAGAAAACACUGCCGUUUUCAGUCUUGGGAGGUUUUUUUGGUUGUUUUUUUUUUUUCCACAUAGUCCUUCAGCUUUACCUUGAAGUACAAGGCCAGGGAAAGGGGGAAAGGUGGUGUUUGUCAGAGGAUGGGGGUAGAAACAUAAGUAUAAUUGUGUCAGGGGCUGGUCUGGACGUCCUUGCAAUGGCCAGAAAAUAUUUCAGGAGAGAAAGCCACAUCCCCACCCCACCCCACCCCCCCAGAAAAACAAAACAACUCAGCCUUUCGAAGUUGCUCCUACAGUUCACUGAAUCUAACUUUUUUACAGUGUCUCACAAACCACCCCCCUGUUUAUGCUGUAUAAUUUUAUUUCCCAACAAUGGAGCUGAUCCUCUAAUCACUGGCUUCUCAUGCCCAGAUCUGUUAAUGUUAUGGGAAAAUCUCAUAAGUGAGAGACUAUCAGAGUCCCAGAAGUUGUCCCUCAGGAGCUGGUCAUGGCUUGGUGUGGCUUGCUCCUUUCUGCUCUUUCUUCUGUGGGUCUAAACCUAGCAAACCUCUUGACUUGAAGCUUGAAGCAAGGACCCUGCGGAGCCAUGUACAAAGCUCAGGUUGGCAAUAAAGUGAAAAUGCACACUACAAAUAAAUAUGAAGACAGGCUUCUUCAUUUUCCCAGAAAAGAUAGGAUUAAGAGUUCAGUUUUGCUACGAGUACUUGUUUCCUAACAGUGCCUGCUCAGAGAUGAUUCUAGAAGGAGAAUGGAUAUUUUGAGUUCUAUUUUGUAAAUUGUUUUGCCAGUAUCUGCUUGGUAUUUUGAUUUAAAAUAAAAGAUUUUUUUUUCAAA